CUUUGUCCAAAGCCCUGUAUACUGAUACAGUGAUACAUAUCAUGGAGAUACAGUUACAGUUUGAUGAUGAUACUUUCUACGCUGAGAUUAGAAAGCAGAUUCUGUUGUUGACAUCUGAAGAUAACGAAAACUUGGAGGAAACAAGACUUUUCGGUUCGGUUGGUGUUGCCAAGGGCGGUUCAACCAGACCAGUUUAUUAUAAGAGUGACUCGCAAAGACCAAGUAAUUUUUGCUCAUGGGAGACAGGAAGCACUGCUGGUUCACCCCCUGAGUGGGUAGUGAACCUGUGGAAGAGUCGGAAAGGGACCGGGGUCUUCAUUCCCCAAGCUGUUGCGUACAGCAAAAACCCAAGACAAGGGACAAUGAAUAGCAGAAGACGAGUUUAUGGAUCAGUGAUGAAUAAGGACAGAAGAAUCUAGACUUUUUCGAGUUUCAUGUUGAGGAUUACAGCUUGCUAACAAAUAAAGGAUAAUAG